UGGAUGGAGCUUUGCGCAUCUAUAAGGGACGUAGGAAGUCUUCGUCUCAAACGACACCCCAGAAGACAGUCACGAUCACGGAUAAGUGCACCAUGUCCAAAAUAAUCGAAUCGAAAUCUCUCUCGUCUAAGAUCGAAUCCAAAGUCCCAGGGCGCUCUCCAUUUCCGGUGACAUCUCCAUUUAAGUGGAUUUUGAAACUGGAUCACUGUAAUUGGAACGGAACGCACCAGGGCACCAUCGAGUUUGCAGUCAAGACCGAGUCGCAAGCCAGGCAGUGGCGAGAUAAAUUUUUGGUCACCAUCCAACACGCCAAGAAACCGGACGAGUCCAGUACUGCGCAUCUGCGAAGCGGCUAUGAGGAGUACCGCACAGAUUCCUAUUCCACCGAGCCAUCGGGCGAACCUACUGGGCCCAUUCUCGGGGGCAAGCGGAUGAAUCCUUGGUUGUCGAUGGGCGUGUACGAUGGAAUACGCGUGAGUAUUGACGAUUUCGCCACAAAGAUUCUAGUCGAGGGCAAACUCCAAUCCGAUGACACUUAUUUGUUGAUUGUCCUCGGAACGUUUAUUGUCACAUUCUGCACUGCCUCAGUGGCGGAGAUGUCAUUUGUGUGGAGCAUGAUCUCCGCCGUCAUGGUCACAGCGCCUACCCUAUGGACGUUCUUGCGAUCCAUGAACAGAGCGCAAGUCAGCCGCACUACCACACUGAAGGUGUCUCAGGU